AGUGCAUGUUCAGUGGGGCUGGGCGACACUAAUGGUUCGACCAGCGUUUUUUCUCUUCCCUGCAAUCAGAGCGUCUCUUCCCUGCAACUGGCCCCCUACUCCCCCGAAUCCACGGCGCUCUUCGCUACAGCCAUCACCCUCAUGGUGGUCUUCACCAUCGUGGGAAACAUCCUCGUCAUCAUUGCCGUCCUGACCAGCCAUGCACUCCGAGGACCACAGAACCUGUUUUUAGUGUCGCUAGCGGCUGCAGACAUUUUGGUGGCGACUCUCAUCAUCCCAUUCUCCCUAGCCAAUGAACUGCUGGGAUACUGGUACUUCAAGUCUCUGUGGUGUGAGAUCUACCUGGCGCUGGACGUUCUGUUCUGCACUUCCUCUAUAGCUCACCUGUGCGCCAUCUCAUUGGACCGUUACCUGUCCAUCAGUCGGGUUACCUACUCCCGCCAGCGCACACCCAUGCGUAUCAAAGCCUCCAUCGUGGUGGUGUGGCUCAUCUCGGCCAUCAUCUCCUUCCCUCCUCUUCUGUCGCUAAAUAAGAGCGAGCCCGGCGGGGAGGGGAGUGAGAGGGGGCCUCAGUGCCAGCUGAACGACGAGCGCUGGUACAUCCUCUACUCCACCGUCGGCUCCUUCUUCGCCCCAUGUCUCAUCAUGAUCCUGGUCUACAUGAGGAUCUACCAGAUCGCCAAGCAGCGCACACAGAACCCGCCAGGCGAGCCCAGGAAAGACGGGGUGGGCUGUGCCACCCCAAGUCAAACCCCUCGGGGGAUCCAAGCCAACGGGAAGGAGGACAGAGGGGAAACCCCAGCUAUGCCCCACAAAACCACCAACGUCAGACCCCCCACCCUGGCUGUUACUCCAUCACCGUCCCCCGACCAGGCCAAUGAGACCCGCUCCCCUUCCACCCCCACCACCCAAAACCUCCUCCAUCCUCCGGUUCUAUCUCUAGCUCCAACCACCACCUCCCCUCCUACCUCCCCCCUGGGUCCUUCACCCUCCUUGGUCUCACCGUCUCCCUCCCCCACUCUCCCCCCACCAGCCCCGGCCAAACCCAAACAUGGGGAGAAGGUGAAGGGGAAGAAGGGAAAGAAGUAUAACAAUAAUAUGGACAGCUCAAACAGCUCUGACAGUGACAUGGAGAACGAGGAAGGGGGGAGGACGGGAGUCAACAAUCCUAGCAUGGCUGGUUCAGCCGGCAUCCAUUCUCCUGCCACCAUCCAGAAGUACAGGGACAUGAUCGCCACCUCUAAGGGGGCUCGGCUGGUGGCAGGGAGGAGGUCUAAGCCGGAGAGCACUCCGGGAGCAGCACGUCGUAAAGCCAUGGUGAACCGAGAGAAGCGCUUCACGUUCGUCCUGGCCGUGGUGAUCGGAGUGUUUGUUGUCUGUUGGUUCCCUUUCUUCUUCUCCUACUCGCUGCAGGCCAUCUGUCCUGAGACUUGCUCCCUCCCUGAUCCCCUCUUCAAGUUCUUCUUCUGGAUUGGCUACUGCAACUCCUGUCUGAACCCCGUCAUAUACACCAUCUUCAACCAGGACUUCAGAAAGGCCUUCAAGAAAAUCCUUUGUAAGAACACCAAGGGCACCUUCUUCUAG